UACUGUUUAGAUGUCUAUCGGCGGUUGACUACCGUCAUUUCAGAAACUGCACCGCUCAUUCCUAUUUCAUACCAUAGAGAACAGGCAUGUCCAGUAUCAAGUUCUACCGGAGAAAAUCCAAGAACACAAAAAUUGGCAGUAUGGGGUGUCAGCCUCCCCAGGGACAGUAUUAUUGGAUUCCAGAAACUCCUGCAAAGCUUACACAAGCCAGACCCCAAAAAAUCAUCCAUGCCAGGAUUGACGAAGAGGAAAAAGACAAGGAAUCUCAGACUAAAGCUCCUUCAUUUUUGUUUUCUGAUGGCCUGAUAGAUUUAAACAAGAGUAUUUGUGAUUGGGAAGAUACCAGAAUAGCUGCUUGUGGCUCUAAGGAUUCUGGAGAUUCAGCAAAUUGUUUUCUUGAAACAGCUUUGCUUGCCGAACAAGAAACAAAGGAAUCAAGAGAUUCAGAGGAAGGAGAAGUAGAUUUCAUUUUGGGUGAUACGAAGUCUAGUAAUAAUAAUGUAGCUAGAAUUUUAGAUUUCUGUAGUUCAGGAGAAUCAAAUAAAGGGUCCUUGAAUUGUUGUCCCUCAGUAGCUCCUCCAGCCUUUCCACAAUCUGAAAUUGCUUCUCAGGAAUCCCCAGGUGCUCAACUAAAAGAUGAAAUUGGCCGGAGAAAAUUUCCUCCUUCUCAGAUUUCAGGUUCUGGAAUUGACAGAAAAAUUCCAGAAUCUGAAGGAGAGAACCUUUUGCCUGGAAAUCAAAAUCCCAUGCUCAGCCUAGCCAUGGAGAAUGGUAUAAGCAACUCAGAAUGUGAUGCAACUCAAUGUGAUAAACAGAAUGAGAAGGGUGGGGGCUUAGAACCAGCAACUCCAAUGCUGGAUGUCAAGAAAAGACAAAGAAAAGAAACAGAUGUGAACCAAAGUCCACUCAAGAGAACCAAAAUAAAAAAACACAGACAUAGGCCCAAAAUAGCUGGUCAAGGAAGAUCUAAAAAACAUUUUAAGAUUUCACUUGAAGGAAACAAGCCAAAGAGGAAGAAUGUCAGAAAGAAUCAAGAGAAGAAGGAAAAAGGGAGCUUUCUUAGAAAAACUGAGUAUAAGAAGAGUAGUAUCCAACAGACAUUCACUGCAGAGCACCAUACUGAAAUUGUUGCUGCAAAGGUGAGUUCAUUGAGUGGAGUUAAAUAUCAAAAUGAUGAAAGAAUAAUAGAAAUUAUGCAGCCAGAAGCGGAUGACCACUCCAAUGAUGAUAAACCAAUAGAUGUUAACCAUGGAAGUAAGUCGGUUAUGGAGUCUAAUUUGGGUUCUUUUGGUGGGAAAGAGUUGUUGAAUGAUCUCCGGGUAGACAUAAACUCAAUCAGAUGGAGUAGUUAUGGCAUAAGGUCUGCAAGGGAUUAUUGUAGGAAUUCUUUUUCAAGGAAGAAAAUUGGUUUCCAAAAUGGCUGCUUGUGGGUCAGCCAGAUGUCCCUUAAGGUAAAUCAUUGUCUGAGUAAUAGUAGAAGGUUCCAGCCUAAUUUUCCAAGAAGUUGUAGGAGGAGGAGGACCAAGAGGAAGAGAAAAUCAGUUGUGUGUAUAAUAUUAGGUUCUUUCUGCUUGAGUGGUUGCAUAAAAAAGAAAAGAUCCAAACGAUUUCUUCCAAGAAGAAACCUAUGGAAACAAUUUAUUCAGAGAGUAAAUUUAUCUCCGCUUGAUAUGGUUCAAAUGAUCAAUGAUAAGAUGCUAAAUAUCCAUACUUGCGAAUCCCAAAAGUUAGCAUCAGAUAAAGGAAAGGAGCAAGUUAACCAUAAAAGAAAUGUGCCAGGAAGCUCCGUUGAGAUGGGACAGCUUCUCCAACAACCACUUGCGGAAAUGAAAGGGGCGGAACCCAAUUCAGUAGCAAAGCCCCAUGAGAACUUACUGUCUAAAUGCAAUGGACAAGCAUUAACCAAACAAGAUCAUGAUGACCUUCAACGAAAUCAUGAGAAAAAAGUGAUUGGACAACCUGCUGAUCAGAAGCUCCAACUCACCGUCAAAUCAAAAGGUCAAGUAUCCAACAGAAAGGGUAGGACUAUGACAGUGGAGCAGAUUAUUGACAAGUUUAAGAAGCUAAACAUCAGUGAUAUAACUGCUAUUGUUCCCCAUAAGGGUUCUGAGUCUACCAAAAAGCCAAAACCAAUGGUGCUUCUAGACUCGGUGACUAUAAAACGAUGGAAUAAGUUGAUGAAAAUAGAUGAUGGUCCAGAUGAUGAAAAGGUAGAGGGAGAAGAUCAUAAAAAGUGGGAAGAAGAAAGAAAAAUUUUUCGGGGAAGAGUGGAAGCAUUUAAUUCUAUAAUGCAUACUGUGUUAGGUGAUAGAAGUUUCAGACCUUGGAAAGGAUCUGUGGUGGACUCGGUAGUGGGAGUUUUCUUAACUCAGAAUGUUUCAGAUUUUCUAUCUAGUUCUGCUUACAUGUCACUUGCCGCAAAGUUUCCUGCUAAGUCACCAACAAAUGAUCAAGAAACAGUUGCUGAUGGGUUGGAGAACAAUAAUAGCCAAUCCUCAACUAGGAGCAAUAUCUGCUUCACUGAAGCAACACAAGAUGAAGAUGGUAACCAAUAUUUUAUCACUGAACCAGUUGAUAUGACUGAAGAAAUGAGUUUGGUAGAUAUUGAAGACCUUGGGAACACUGUGUUGCCAUGGGCACAAUCAAGUUCAAGGAGCCCAUCAGAGAUCUUGGAAGUCCAUGAGAAUGUAGUUUAUGAGAAUAUUUCAGAAGAAAAAAAUUGGAUGAAAGGAGAUCAGCAUGCUCAAAAUGAAGUGAAUGAAACCAAUAUGAAAAUUCUUCAUCUGGUAACAAGAAUUCGAUAUGCCUUGAAAGCCGUUGCUGAUAAGACAAAAAAGACAGGAGGACUAAAGAAAGAGAAGUUUAAGGAGGUAGAAAAGAGAGACUGGGACGAGUUAAGAAAAAUGUAUUCCAGACCAAUAACUAGUGAGCACACGGAUACCGUAAACUGGGAAGCAGUUAAGGAAGCACCUGUAACUGAGAUUGCUGAAAUCAUUAAAGGAAGGGGCCAACAUACUAUUAUUGCAAAACGAAUUCAGGACUUCCUCAAAAGACUACUUGAUUAUCAUGGAAGCAUUGACUUGGAAUGGUUACGAUAUGCACCAUCUGAUCUCGUAAAGGCGUACUUGUUGGAGAUACCUGGAUUGGGCUUAAAAAGUGUGGAAUGCGUAAGGCUUUUGGCACUAGAAGACAAAGCUUUUCCGGUUGAUGUAAAUGUUGCCCGGAUCCUAGUGCGUUUAGGAUGGAUCCCCUUGGAGCCACUUCCAGGAAAUCUUCAAUUUCACCUUUUAGAGGAGUACCCAAUCAUGGAUUCCAUUCAAAAAUAUCUCUGGCCCCGACUAGCUGAACUUGAUCAAAGAACACUGUAUGAAUUGCACUAUCAUAUGAUCACGGUUGGAAAGGUUGUUUGCACAAAGAAAAAUCCAAAUUGCCGUGCUUGUCCAAUGAAAGCUGAGUGCAGACAUUUUGCUAGUGCAGUUGCAAGUGCAAACAUGUUGCCAGGACCAUCAAGAAAAGAUGAAGAGAGAUCCAUUGUUCCUCUUGGAAACUAUGCUUCAGUUGGAAACUGUGAUUUGGUCACUCUAAGAUCAACGUCUCUUCUGGAGUCUAACAAGACCUUGGCAUCUGAAUUAAGAAGCCAAAAUUGUGAACCCAUAAUAGAGGAGCCUAAAUCACCACAGCUCGAGCAAGUUACUGAUGAUUUAACUAUUGAAGAGAUCAUUUAUGACGAUAAAGAAGCAAAAAUCCCCACUAUCAAACUCAACAAUGAAUCAUUCAAGAAAAAUGUACACUACUUCAUGGACAAGUAUGGGCAAAAUCUACAAAGCCUUCAUUUAUCAAGAGAUAUAGUUCCAGUGUACGUGGAUGUUGAUUCAGUUCCGUUGCACAAAUUGAAGCACACUAAUCGCUUACGGACAGAACAUCGAGUUUAUGAAAUUCCAGAUAAUCAUGAACUUCUUAGAGGGUUACAGGUACAGAAGCGAGACCCAGAUGAUCCCUUGCCCUACCUUCUUGCCAUAUGGACAGCAGGUGAAACUCCAGAGUCCUGUGAACCGCCUAAGCAAAAAUGCAACUCUCAGGGGAUAGAACUUUGUAAUGACCAAACCUGCUCUUCUUGUCAAACUAUUCUAGAAGCAAGAGCUGAUAUUGUUCGAGGAACUAUUUUGAUACCUUGCAGAACAGCAAUGAGAGGAAGAUUUCCACUUAAUGGCACAUACUUUCAAGUUAAUGAGGUAUUUGCGGAGCAUCAGUCCAGCUACAACCCUAUUAUUGUUCAUAGGAGUUCAAUAUGGCACCUAAAGAGGAGGACGGUAUAUAUUGGGACAUCACCAACAUCAAUAUUUAAAGGAACGAGUUCCAUAAGGGAAAUUCAAGAAAACUUUUGGAGAGGUUUCAUUUGUGUGAGAGGAUGGGAUUCCAAAACAGGUGAGCCAAAACCUCUCUCCAAGAGAUUCCACUGUCCACCUAGUAAGAUGGAAAAAACGGGAAGAAGGACCCAUCAAUCUGCCGGAAAUAGGAAAUAAUACUAGUUAAGGAUACAAUAUGUUUUGUAUUUUAGUUGCACAUCUUAACUCUGAUUAAUCAAAGGGUGCCACUAAUUUUUGUACUAGAGAUUAAUAUUUAUAUAUAUUCUUAUGCAGCCACAUGGUAAGA